UCGUUUUCUGGCGAAGUAGUGUUGGAAUUCUGAAAACUAGUGUAAUAUGUAAAUAUAUUCUCAUUUUACACUUUCAGAAAAAAGCGAAAAAUGGAAAUAGCAUCAAUAAAUUACCUGGAAACGAGUUAUAUUGCAGUAGCUUUAAAUCUCAAAUGGAGGAAUUCGUGCACUGAAGUGAAUCAUUUUUGAAUCACACUACCGUAAACAUUUUAGUAAACGCUUUUCAUCAUAAACAUGACAGAAAAAAACAAUAAACUUACUUCAAGUAGUACAGGAACAAUGGUUCCUGGAAAGCCUGUACCUAUGAAAUUGUUUGCAACAUGGGAGGUUGAUAGGACUCCUUCAAAUUGUAUACCAAGGCUGUGUUCUCUCAGGCUUACAAGACUUGUUGUAUUACGCCCUUUGGGAGCAGAUUUGACAUCCAUAUCUAUAGCAGUUAGAAUGCAGUCAAGUAAACGCACAUUGAGGUCUAAUGAGUUGUUACUUCCUCCAAAUGGUUUGUUAGAUACUAGUCUUGAAUUGACUUUCAGUCUGCAAUAUCCACAUUUUCUCAAAAGAGAUGGCAAUAAGCUUCAUGUAUUAUUACAACGUAAAAAGCGCUACAAAAAUAGAACCAUGCUAGGUUUUAAAACUUUAGCAGAAGGGAUCAUUAGAAUGGAUCAUGUUUUACAAAAGCAAAUGGAUUUAGAACUGGAGUUACUUGCUGAAGGGAGCAGCAAAGACAAGGGAGCAACCCCAGUUGCAAGAGUAACAGUACAACAACUGACUUCCCUUCCAGUGGAUCAAGAUCAUAAGGGGGACAGAGAGAGGGAAUUUAGUGAUGAGGAAGAUGAAUUCAGCUCUGGAGAAGAAGAAGCUGCUGAUCUAUCAGAUAGUGAACCUUUGCGUCCUAAACUGUCACAUCCUAGACACAAUCUUAAACAACGAUUCGUUUCUUUACUGAAACGGUUCAGGGUGGCAGACACAGAAGUGGGGCGUAAUGCUGCUCUUGCAAAUCCGAGUGAAAUCCAAGCCCUAUUUCAAGAACUGGAGUCGCUGAGUUGCGAAGAUGACUCCGGUCCAGAGCAAGACACCAUGUCGAUUUCUAGUACCCCGAAACCAUCUUUGCGACCAUUUUUUAGCAGCAGUCGAAGUUUGCUCGAAGGACCAACGAACAUUUGUAUGGAAAUGGAAAAGGUGGAAGAUAAGAAUUACUCUGGCAGUGAUGGAAAUGCUGGAACUGAUCAGGAAGUACACUCGGACCCCCAAACUGGCUCUCCGCCAAAGGACAAGACAUGUCUCUUGCCUCAAAAGAGCGGAACUGACAUCGACUCCACCGAAGUGACUGAGAAGAAAAGUAAAUUAUUUCGGUCCAGUAAUAUUGCGUCAAAGAAAAAAAGUUCAUUGAGCAUAGGAACAGAACCUGUCAGUUUGGAGACUGCAAUGGUUCGUAAAUCGUUUCAAGAUCAAGUUUUUCGUCAAAUGUCCGUCGACGAGAUAGUUCUUCCCGAAUGCGUCGCUCUUGUGGUCGGUGCGGAGCCCCAUGCUUCGGUUAUAAUUUCCCGUCUCCCAAAUCAUUACCGCAUCUUCCAGCCUUUGUCGGCUGCAGAAGUCAAAAUACUUCUUACUGCACUCGUAACUAAAAUUAAUAAACACUGUAGCAGUUGUGCUAAACCAAGCAGUCCCGUUAAAAUACUACUUGUUGGAGGUGAUAGUCUCGUCAGUUGGUUCAUAAGGCCUUACGUUGAACUAUUGUCAAAUAAGCCACCUGAAUGGCUUUUGUUUUUGAGAUUAUAUGUUGUACCACUAGGUACAAAUUUGGUAGCAAGAAAUCUAGCGGCACAAGACUCAGGUUAUGCAGCAUUAUUUCCCCCAGAUCAAGAAAUUAAAGUUGACGAUUUGAUUGUAAAAAUCCAGCGAUAUCUCAGUAUACCAGCUUCUGCCCCCACUGCUCAACUUUCUCUAGCAGAAGCAAUGCUCACGUGUCAUGACGACUCCAGCCAAGUUUUUAUCCCAUUUAUUAACGAGGUACGAGUUGGUCCCCUGGACAAUGCUCUUUCGAUCUCUGUAGAUUUAGAUGACACUACUUGCUCAAGUCCUCCAUCCGCGCCCCCUGCACUGACUCCGCCAUCGUCACCAAACGUUCAGAAUCGGGAAUCGCCCUGGGAGCCACUUGAGUUACAGUUGGAUUAUUGGCAGGCAAGUAGUCGUGUUGGUGAACCACAAACGAAGUCUGAAAAACAACCGAAACAGGAUGGUAAAGUGUCUUUGAAAGGACUCUUCAGGGGACUUCAAGUUACUCCCUGCUUGGGGUUAAGUCCGUCAUUGUGUCUGACCAUGCACGUUGCCAGCAAGGAGAAAAAGCAGAAAAUUAUGCGUCUUGGGAAAAAGAAGGAAAAGGAGAGAGAAAUAGAAUCACGCAGUCAAACCGUAGAAGGAGUGUCAAGACUGAUUUGCUCUGCAAAAUCCUCUCAUUCGACGACAAUGCGCUUAUUCAUUGAUGGAACAGAAUGGUCUUGCGUGAAGUUCUUCCAGCUUAGUUCAACGUGGCAAACACACGUCAAGAACCUUCCCGUAGCUUUAGUAGGGGUGCCGCUAGCCAGUCAGGAGCUGCCAUAAUGUACGGCCCUAUAAAAGAGCUCGUCUUGCUUUCCCUUUUCAGACACUUAUCUAACAGUGUCUGUAUAACCCAUACAUACCUAUAUUUAAUGCGUGAUAAUGGGAAGUUAAUACAUAGUAAGUUGAUGAUAUUUAUUGAAUUGCGGUCGAAAACCGCACCUGUGGAUCUUUUAUGUCCCGAACGUGACGACUAUAAUAAUUAUAUCUAAAUUAACUAAUUUUCUUUAAUGUUGUGAAGCAUUAAAAGCUAUUCUGAUUUCUUAAUAUGUUUAAAAGAAAAUUUUAAGCAUAAAGAAUCGAAUUUUUAAUCAUAAGAACAAUUACAUUACAGUGAUAUAGUUGAAGCAAUUUAUCAAAUUUCGGUAUUAUUGUGUCAUUAUACCACAAAAAUAUGCAGAAAGAGAUAUUUAUAGGUAGUAAUUAUAAAUUGUGAAUAAUAAUUUCGGUUAUUAAGUCGUUUUCAAAAAUCAAUGGAUAGUAUGCACACAGUUUCAAUGCUUAGUAGCCUUACAUUUGGAAAGUAGCAGCCGACUAAACUUCUCGAAAAGUUGAUGUAUAUAUUAAGGAGAUUUUUGAAAAAUCUGUGUUACAUCCUCAAGAAAAAAAGAG